AUGUUCCCCGGAGGCUCACAGGAAUCAUUUUCUCCCCGCAGGCAACCAAUUCCGCCAAAACUCUCGGACUCGCACUCGAACGUUAGGUCUUUGUCUCCAUUAAUACAGUCAGUGGAAACUCCGGACUUUUCACAAGGCAUCCUUCCUGGACCAGACUCUCACUGGCCCAUUCAGCCCAUUCAGAGUUCUAUCUCUGCUGUGCAAGGGGGGCAAUCGACACAAGCAUUUGCACUGGCACUCCCCCCACAUCACCCAACGACGCUGGACACCAACACGAGUCAGUCUCACGCUCUGCUAGGGUCGAACUACCUACCUACGGGGUCAGAACCGCAGUCUUCUAUCGAGGACACUGUCAUCAAAGAAGAAAUUGGAUCGGAAGAUUCACUCGGCCUUGGCAUCUCAUCAUACCCCAUGUCAGUGGUAUCAGACACUUAUUUUGCUGGCCCAAUGCAGCCUAAUACUCAUCAAUAUGCGUGGACAAGCCGGCCUUAUCAGCCUUUGGAACCCCCACCAGCACAAAUGAACCCGCCAUUUCCAUCUUCACAACCGUCAUAUCCUUCAUCGAGCUAUCCGAUGGGAUACCACAGUCAGACCAAUGCGCCAAUGCAUGGAUACCAACAGCAAGAACAUCAGUUACCAGCGUCUUAUCUCGCAGCACCUGGCAAUCCUCCCCGUCACAGUCAGGCUCAAAGUCCACCCAUCGCCCGUCACUUCCACCCUCGAUCUGCUUCGGGCACUCCUCCUCAGCCCGGGCAGCCUCUCAUGACUUCUCCUUCUGCUUAUAUGAUAAACCAACCUUCCUACUACUUCCCCGACACAUCAUCCAUUCCAUCGCACCCCGCCUCCAACAGCUCUCAACCACCCUCGAUGGCCCCCGAGCCAAGUUACUCUUCACCAGAAUUGGCUGCUGCUGCAGAUUCUGACCAUCCAGUCCGAGUACUCAGCUUGCGCCCGCGACCGCAAUGCUGGGACCAUGGCUGCAAUGGUCGUGAGUUCUCAACAUUCAGCAAUCUCCUCCGCCACCAACGAGAAAAGUCAGGAGUGGUGGCUAAGGCCGAAUGCCCAAUAUGCGGUGCUGUAUUUACACGUACGACCGCACGCAAUAUUCAUGUUGCGCAGGGCAAGUGUAAAAGCUCAGGCAGGGAAUCAUCCGCUGAGUAG